UGCACCACCGCUCCCCCAACACCCCCAUUUCAAAGUGCGCGGGCCCGAGUUGGUAGAGUCCGGUGACCCCCCCCCGCCUCCAUCACGCGUCACGUGCCGCUUAAACCAAAACCCCGCGCUUGUUAGUCACCGGGUGUACGCGUGUGUUCUCAUUUUAAAUUGCAAUUUUUUUUGUUAUACAAACGACUAUAACCUAUUGCGACUGCUAUUAAAAGCCGACGCGGUCAACAUUGUUUCUGUUUGCCAUCGGCACCCGGCUCGCGGCUGCUGCGAGGGUUCGCGUGCGGAGCUUUAUCAUACACAGGCGGUAAAGGCGCUCGCGUGGGCCUUGUCUGGAGCCUCUGGUUUCUUUUACCGCUUCGGUAGCUUAAACAUUAAAACUUACAAUUAAAAUGAAAUGAUCAACAUUGAUCCAGGUUAUUUCGGUAGUGGUCAGCUUUAAGUUGUAUGUAUCACUGUGUAACUCGCCUCAAGAGCUUGUGCAACAGCAGGUUUAGCGCAUGUACUACUGAUUUGAAGUAAUGUCCAUAUAAACAUCAUUGCUACAAUUACCGUAAAUUUGUAACACUAUUAGAAGGCAUUUAAUUAAAAUGUGGACUUGCUUUACUGAAAAUGUGUUGUUUAGACCUGAAGUGACCUGGAAUAUCCUAAUCUAUGAACUGUUAACUUAUGCCAUUAGUAUUAUUUUAUUGUUUCCCUUCUACGUGACUUAACCGAAAGAUCCAAGAAUAUAGGUAUCGAAGUGUCAAGUGUAAAGUUAACGUGGUUAUGAAUGAAGUAAAUGCUACAUGAUAUGUUUUCAAAUAACCACUUUCCUAGCUACAGUAUAGUAUUAUUCUUGGAGUUAUACGGCUAUGAGGUACGGUGUUGUGUUUGAGAUAAAGCGUCAUACUCUUGAGUUAUACUGUUUAUAUACUGUACUCUUAUGCAAUAUUCGGAUUUAUAAUAGGCAUUUAUAAAGCACUUCAUAGUACUAUAUAUUUAAAGUAUCUGUAAUAAUUUUAAAGUACUUGCAUGAAUGUGAGGUAUCCCAAUGCCGCCACAUUUAGACGCUUUAUAAAUACACAUUGUGCUAUUGUAAGGAAUUACACUGAAGACGAGGUACUGGUACGAUCUUAUUCUGGCAAUUGGAAUAAUUUGGAUAAUUGUUUUUUUACCCUUUUAUCUGGCAACAAAACUGACACCUUUUUUUACAAGGAGUCAUGUUUACAUUGACCACAAUACCUGCGGUCGGAACGCAAACAAAUGAGGUUUCCAAUGGUGGAAUUUUCUUUCGUGUGGAUGGUGUUGCUAAAAUAACGUCUGUUUUCUAUGAACGCGCAUGUUUUACAGAGUAAUGUCACAAAGCUCUCAAACUUCCCUUUUGGAAGAGGUCUCGCAAUGGAAUGCUGAUACCUGUCAAGAACAAAUGGAGACUGUUCUACCCAAGCUUCUGUGUCUAUAUUCUGAAGAGAACAGUUUCAUGAAGAUAAAGGUGCUAAAGGUGUUGACAAACCAUUUCCUGCCACACAUUCCACUCAGUGAUGUGGAACCUAAACUGUUCUCCAAAGUUCUUCCUGGGGUAAGGGAAAUCGUCGAUGAUUUUAUUGAGGAAUUAACAUCUCAAGGUGCAGAGCUGUCCAGCCAAAACAUUGAACUUAAAACACUGCUUCGAAACAUUUUACAGGCUUUGGUGUCCAUAGUUGAAUGUCUUGGGGCAUGCAUCCGACAAGUUAUUUCUGGAGACAAUGCAUUGUAUCUGGAAGCCAUGCAUUCCCUUCCAUCCUCAGUUCUUCACAUCCUCAAAAGCACCUUUCAGCACUGCAAGAACAGCGAGGCGGUGUAUGGCUGCAAGCUGCAGCGUGUAGCGGACCUGCUGCAGGCUGUAUUCAAGGAGACGUACUCCCUGCAGAAGCUCUUCCUGGAGAUGAUUGAUAGAGUGGUGAUUAAUCCGGAAUCUUCCCAACAAGAUGUCACAGACUUGAUCGCAGUGAUUCAUGGCGUGUUAGAAAUAUGUACUGUUAUUGCCAACAUGGACCACGCACUUCAAGCCAACACGUGGAAAUUUGUGGUUAAGCAGAGUAUGAAGCAUAGGGUGUACAUAGAAGCUCAACUUAAUCACCGGGACAUUGUCAAGGGCCUGUGUGACGAUUUGGUGUUCAACUUCAACGCUUGUCUACAACGGUCCGAACAAAUACAGCAAUCUACAAACCAGCAAACCACAAUGACCGAACAGAGAAUUUUUACCAGGACUGUCAAGUUGUGUCGAUUCUUUGCCAAUACGCUCAUUCAUUUCAUCAAGGAGUUUAAAGAAUAUCUGGGAACCUGUUGCAAAGAUCUCUAUGACCUCUAUCUUCAACUGCAUAGCAAGAUGCCUCCGAGUGUGACAGCCCCAUCCAUGGCCGACGCUCACAUGCAAGAGCUGAGAGGCAGUGUGCUGGUGUGCGCUCACCCAUUGCUGUCUGAGCUCAUUGGCUGCUUGCGCUUUGCUGAAGUUGUGCUCUCCGAGACACGAGCAGAUAUCAGUCAAGAGUGCUAUCUGCCACAUUGUUUAUUGCUCAUGGGGGUGAUGGACAUGCUGCCCAGCCAGACUGAAGAUGUCCUGGAGAUUUGGUGCAGUGGCAGUGAGGAUACAGAGAAACCACCCAGGCACGGUCUAUUCAAAGCUGUCUUUACGGCUUUGGGAGCGUGUCACGUGGAGCUCGCCCUCCCCGUGCUUCUGCCAGGCGUGAUGAGGAACGGGAAUCCUCUGGCUUACAUCAGCCUCUACGAAUACGUCUGCACUCACCUCUGCGCUUUCAUCACCUCGCUGCCUGCAAAGCAUUUUGGAAAACUGGAAUGCUGCCUUCUUGAGGCCGUGCUGGGAACUGACGUGAUGUCUGCUCUGCUCGCUGUUGACAGCUGGUGCUUUCUUGCUCGGUAUGGAUCUGCAGAACUCUGUGCACAUCAUGUGAACAUCCUGACUGGUUUGGUUGAACGCUGCCCAGAACAGACCUGGAGAGGGUCCUGCCUUUUCUUGCUGCUCCGUCGACUGCUGUUCUUCAUGGCUCCCGAUCACCAGGCCGAAUUCCUCGUGAGGCUGCCUCCAGGCGAGCCGGCGAGCCUGCCCGUGUGGCAGCACCUGAGCGUGCGAGCGCUGGCUUCAGCCCUGCAGGAGAGCGCCACCUCCGAGCUGCUCACGGCCUCCACCCAACAGUGCUGGAACUCCGUCUCCUCCCCGCAGCAAAGAUCAGACCUCAAUACUGCCCUCUCCUGCCUGCUACACCUAUGCCAAGAUGCUGACCUGAGCCCAGAGGACCUGGAAAAGUCAUCGUUGCUUCCUCUAGUUUCUCAACUCUGGGAGAUCACCGUGGCCACACAGGUAGUAGCUGUGCACUCAGUUGGACAGCGAGCCUGCCUUCUGCUAGCCUUGUGUGCUGUGCUUAUACAGAGUCUGGAAGACAACAUCAUCAUACAGAUUGUGAAUUUCUUGGAGUUGUUAAUGAGCAUGAAGCCAGCUGUUUGCUUGAAACUUGCAGCGCUGGAUUUCCUGGGUACCCUGGGAAAUAAGGUUAUUCCUCCAGAACACCAGUCUAAGGUUCUUAACAAGCUACCGGCCCUGUUCUCCUCUAUGCUGGCUGACAGCCACUGGAUGGUACAUCACCGAGCCCUGCAAGCUUUCACUCAGUUUGCAGAGGAAACCAGCCAUGAAUUUGUGGUACCCCUCUGCCUGGGAACGGAGGAGAUAAAGUCACAGGUUGUUAGAUAUCUGAACAAAGAAACUGUUUCUGCUCAAAGCACCGAAUCCCAAGUGCAAUAUUUAAAGCAAGAGCAACUUGUGCUGGAAGAGUGGCAUACACAGUCAUCGGUGCCAGUAAAUGUACAUCAGAGAGCACCUUCUCCCAGUGUUGAGGCACCUGCUAAGCGGGCGAGGAUGGAAGAUACUAACGCUGACUCGGAGAGUGUGCAAUUGGCCCUGACUCAAGUCCUCGGCGAGGUGGAGUGUGGCCUGGACAGGCUGAGCCGACUCUUACAGCAGAGGGUCCCCCCAGACUGGCUAGACGAGCGGCUACAAAAUCUGGAGGCCAAAAUCCUCCGUCUGAGAGCAUCUGAAAGGUUCUCGUGCUCCCAGUGAGAACCCAACCAGAUGUGCCAGACCGCUACAGUUAGCAGCACAGCGUCAUAGAUCAGGGCAUCGUGAUGGAUAUGGCUGGUGCAAAUGUGUCAGGAAACUCCCACGAGUUGAAUAUAACCUGGAGCGUAACACUUGAUUGGAUUAGCUCUUGCCGCAUAAUUGAAUUGACCGGUAUCUGGUCCCAUAGAUGUUCACAGAUGUACUUGCUAAUUAACUUUAUACUGUACAUCUGUAUUUUUCAGAGUUGCCAAAUUGAUACUUUUUAGUAACUGAUAGGCUUUCUGCACGUUAGCCUUUUUUUGUAGGUAAGUUGUAACAUAUUGUAAAUGUACAGUAAUUUUCAAGAGUGUACAAUGUAAAUGUGUGGCUUAUCGUUCACGUUGUAAUAUGUUAUUUCCAUGUUUAAUGUUUGCUGACCACUUUGAUAAAAAUGUAUGUUUUAAACAUGUUUUGCAAUGCUUUACGUCUUCUUGCAUCUCAGCGUUUUUGUACUUAUGUUAAACAUAAAUGAUGCUCAUUGAAUAAAAAGUAAAUUUGCACUAUUGAAGAUUGCAUUCAUUUUAAGAGAGGCCAACAAUUACAUUUAAUGUACAGGUAAUCGUUUUCUGUGGAGCCUUUAACAUUACCAAGUUAAUAUGCUGUUUUAGAAACAGCAGUGAUAUGUACUGUUAUUACAAUUCUGUAAAUUGUCUGUUUGUCAGUUUUUUAAAUAACUCGUAACCUUUGUUUUAAGUUCAUUUAUUAGAGUUAAAGGUAACUCCUUCACAAAUUAAAGUAACAAUGUACAUUUCACAGUUUUACAAGGUAAUGAUAAUUGUGAAGCGAUGAGCUGUGUUUCAGAAAGUUUUUGUAAAAACUCUUUCGGAACAUGAUCAAGCUUAUAUUUGUAAGUGCAAUAGUGAAUGUCAGAGAUUAAUUGAAUGUGUUGCAUAUGCAUUGCAGUCUUAGCUAGCCAGGCUUACAAACUAACAAGGCUUUCAGCACCCGAUCCAAUGCUUGUUCAGUGAACUUCACCCGACACACGUCGAGACCACCUGUACACACGGAUCAUAUACAACCAUUCUUGAUGAUAUGUCCACUUGUUAAAGUACUGAUGAAUCCAGUUAACCAACAACUUUGAGAUGAUCGAGUUCCGUGGUAACUUGAUGAAAACCAUACAAAUUCAUGCACUUGAACCUUUCAGUCGAAAGAGAAAACAUUCACGAUUUCCAUCUUUGCUUGUGGAUUUAAUUGUAAAGUUGUGGAUGUGGUAAAUGGUUUGUUUUGGUUCACUUCUCUUCUAUUCACCUUUAUGUAUGGACUGGUAAACUAUUAUUGCAUAUAUAUUAUAUGGGCCACAUUUCAAUUCAGCCACACAAUAUAAACAAAAUUACCAUGCACAGGGGCAUUCCGAAGAAGAAUGAAAAGCAGACGAUGAGCAAACUGCACCUCUGGUGGAUGCUUUGCUGCCGUGAGAGUACGAGUUGUAUUGGUAUGACGUACGCGUUGUGAUCCUGCAUUCCACUGGAGUCUCCAGCAGCUGAUGUAGCAGAGGCAAUGGUCCAAGGCACAGUCCCACUGAUGCUGUAGAUGGGCUGAAGCGAUGCAUUUCUAAGGCCCGUGAAACCGACAUGGUCCAUCGAUGUCACCACGUCACUGCGUUGGGUCUUCACGUCUUUUUUCUUCAGCAUAUGCGCUGCCAGGUUUUCCAUUACACCUUUGUUGAUGGGCAGAGCGAGCGGACCUCCCUUCUUCAGCACGGUCACCUGGCGGCAGUAGGGACAAGAGAUGAGGCCUUGCGUGUAGGCGUGAGAAGACAGCUUGGUGAGACAAGUCUUGCAGAAUGUAUGGCCGCAGUGAAGCAGCUUGGCGGUUCUCGUCCGAGGAUGGUAGAUGAGGUAACAGAUUCUGCACUCGAGUUCCUCCACAGCACCGUGUAUUUCCUCCGCAUGUUCCAUCGCCGCGUGGUUCUGUCGGUGUGCCAGUGCUCGCUCCUCUUGUGCCAGCAGCCGCAAUGCUGUUUUAGGGCAGCGUUGAUCGUACAUUCUGAUAUGUCUGCACAUUUUUAUCUAUACCCGGUCUCAUAUUGUAUCUGUAGCAGGUUAAUAAAUGGAGAGUAUUAACUCGUGACCUUGGCAUGGACACAUUCUGUACCGUGUCAGCAAAACUAAUAUUGCACAUUUAACCAAACUACAAUGCUGAGGUUUUUUUUUGUUUAAGCUCUGAUGAACACUAAAAAUGUGGGCCUUCUAAAUCUUGAAGAAUUGCAAUUAAUACUUGUAGUGUGUGCACACUGUUUUUAAUGCUUCUCCUUAGAAGAAAUAAACUAUUCAGUUGUUCUGCCUCGCCAUUGUAAACGUCUUUACAGCUACAAACUGUAAAUUUGAAUACACCAAAAUUGUCUCGAGUUUUUAAGUGGGUUUUAUAAUGUGAUAUGAAAGAGGUUGUAAGAAUAAGUUUAACAUGUAAUCUAACCGUGAAUCCUACCAUACCUGUCAACCCAUACGGAUUACCCGUAUUCUUUUACAGGGAAAUUAAAGUUUUCAGGUCCUUAGAGUAUACAGCCGUUUCAAUGCGGGCACAUUUUUUGGUAUAU